AUGCAUGGAGUGUUGUGUUUUCACAAAUUUUGCUGUCUUCAUACUUCUGUAUUCGAGUCCUUGAGGAUUCCAAAGAUUUUAUGUGAGUAUGAGGGUCUGUAUAUUACUUGGUUCAGGCAUGUGCAUAGAUCUAGGUGCAUGACUUGGUUGUCAAAUUUAGGAGCCAAGAUUAUGGCAAAAAGAAUGCUUGACUCUAGAUACAGGCACAUGCAUGAACAGGAUUAUGUGCCAACCGUUUUUGAUAAUUUUAGUGCUAAUGUGAUUGUGGACGGGAGCACUGUUAAUCUAGGCCUAUGGGAUACUGCAGGUCAGGAGGAUUAUAAUAGAUUAAGACCCUUGAGCUAUCGUGGGGCUGAUGUCUUUAUUCUUGCGUUUUCUCUCAUUAGCAAGGCCAGCUAUGAGAACAUCUCCAAAAAGUGGAUUCCUGAAUUGAGGCAUUACGCACCUGGAGUUCCAGUAAUUCUUGUUGGAACAAAGCUUGACCUUCGGGAUGAUAAACAGUUCUUUUUCGACCACCCUGGAGCUGUGCCAAUCACAACUGCUCAGGGUGAGGAGCUUAGGAAGUUGAUUGGAGCUGCUGCCUAUAUUGAAUGCAGUGCAAAAACACAGCAGGUUAAUUUGGUUUAAUGGAACAUUUCUUUCGGUCUAAAUUGGGAAGUUUCUUCUUUUUCGACAUAUCUUUUACGGGUUGUUUGACAGUUUUUAAUAGAAAAUUUAGCAGAUUUUG